AUCAAUAUUGACAUGUAACUUCCGGUUUUUAUUGCUGAGGGUUGACAGCAGUAGGAGAAAAAAACCAACAUUUAACACAAUAACAUAAGAAUGAAACAGCAUCUAAGAUAUAUUUAAAUAAAAGGAAAAGAAAAUGUGCAUAAAGUGAUCUUUAGAUGUUUUUAAGUUCUUUACAUCUAAACAAUGUCCGAUAACGAUGACAAUGUACCAUCAGAUCAAGAAGAUAGUGGUCAACCAGAAUCUGUAGCAACAGGUGCUUGUGGUGGAGAUUUUUUACGUCCCAUUUCACCCAACAGCGAUUCAGCCGAUAAUUUAAGUCUUGAAGUUCAAUUUGAGGAGGAAAGUUCAAGACACCCAAGUGAACUAAGUUCAAUAUCCUAUCAGAAUUUGUUGGAUGACGGUGACGGAAAUGGACUUUCUAGACACGAGAGUGAAGAUAGUGCUGACUCAUUACCCCCAGAUUUUAAUGAUAUGUACCAGCAGGAUGAAAUAACUCAAAUAGACAUACGUGAUUUACAAUCCAAAACAAAUGAAAAAUACAAGAAAAGUUGCUUAAAUGCAAUUCAAUUGAAGUCUCAAUGUGAAUCUGAUAAUAUUGAUAAACUUACUAUUGAUGUGUCAAAAAUGAAAGAUCUGAUUCAGGGGGAAACAAAAGAAAGUCCAGACAUUACUAUGAAGUCAGAUAAGGAAAGUAAGAAUCAUUCAGCUGUUCAAAAAAGAAACAGUUUGGAAAUCAGAAAUAAUAUUCCAGUCAAAGGUGAGGUAAAAAGCUAUAAUAAAGAUCUAGAUAAUUUAAUCAAAUACAAUUCGCAAGGUGCAAAACCAAAAAUAAAAAAGAAAUCCCCUGGUGUAGCUUGUCGUAUUGGUGAUAGUGGCAGUGAUAGGGAAGGAUCCAGUUCAGAAAGAGAUGUCCCAUUAAAGAAACAGUAUACAGAUGUUUCAGAAUGUGAAAUUCAGCCCCAUUUCACCAAGCAUGAUUCAAUUCAUAAACUUGAUAAAGAAAAAGAAUCAUUAGACACAAAAAUUUUAUCAGAAUUUGAAAAUUUAAAUCCCAAGUUGUUAGAAAACUCUAAAACUGUUGAAAUCAUUAAUGAAUAUGAUUAUGUAAAAUAUUCUCGAGUUCAGGACGGUGAUUCCUAUGUAGGAAUGAGGCUAGCUUAUUCAAGUAAGGAAGAAAAGGAUAAAAACAAUAUAAAUGGAAUUUUGCCUACAGAUGAUGAUAAUUCGAGAGAUGCUUCCCCUGAUAAAAUUGUAAACAUUAAACAGGAAUUAUCCAUUCUAGAAAAUAUACAAAAUUUAAAUGAAGACAUGCUGACAGAAAUCCCAUUGAAUAACAAUGAUGGAUUCUGUAUGGAUGAUCAGAAAGCAUUUUCACUGUCACCCGAGAACACAGAAUGUGAUAGUGCCGAGGUAGAAAGUGUUGUUUCUGAUGAUGACAAGUCAAAUUUAGGAAUGCCAAAUGUUGAAGAUGGUUUAUCUAGUAGUCAGACAAGCGAUGUUGAAGACGCCCCACUGAGUAGUACACACAAAUCUCCUACACAUUUAUUACGCAAAAAACAGUCACAAGUUGUAGACGAACAGUUGUCUAAUAGUGAAAAUAGUACUAAAGCUAAGGAAAUUGAUGCUUCUGCAAUAAUGGAGGAUUUGAAAGCCAAACGUGAGGCAUUAGACUUAGCCAUAGCUGACAUUAAAUCUACCAUUCAUUCAAGUAAAGAUAAAAUCAAGUAUACACCCCAGUCUGAUGAAGAACCGGAACCAGUUUGGAUAAUGAGAGAGAAUUCCCAUGACAAAAAAGAAGACAGAGUGAGACAAUCUAAUCAUUCUUCUGAAGGAAUUUACAGUGAAAUUCAUGAUAAAGAUAAUGAAGAGAGUGGAGAAACAAACCAGCUGUUAGACAGUCAAACAUAUAAAUCUGAUGGUAAACUUUAUCAUGCCAGUAAAGGCUAUGAUUCUGAUGAUGAAGAAGAUAAUAAUUCAAAAAGCACACGUCGAAUCCGUGGGAAAAAGUAUACCUCGCUCCCAAAAGACGAUUCAUUUGAUCAGCAUAGUCACAGAGUGAACGGUGCAAAUGGUCAUCACGUGAAUAAUCAUCAAAAAUCAGAAUCCGUUGAAUAUUAUAUUAAAAAGACUCAUGAAGGGUCGGAGACUGAUUCUGAAUAUGGAAGUGACAAAGAAAGUCCAUCCAAAACAAGUUACGUUAAACAGGAACGGCAGCCUGGAGAUUAUGAUACAGAUGAAGAAACAGACCACCUUUUACAGAAACAGUACCAGAAAGAUCAAAAUGUUGACAUUCCAGAACUGUCACAACCCCCGGUAAAUAGAACUGCUCAGGCUGAGAAACGUAGAUCUCGUGCUAAAGAAGGUGAGAGGCAGUCAUCUUCUGUUUAUGAUCCUGAAAAUCCAUCAGUUUUGAUAGAGGGCGUACUGUUCAGAGCUCGUUACUUAGGAUCGACACAACUUAUCUCUGAGGGGCAGCCGUCAAAAGCUAUGAGAAUGAUGCAGGCUCAAGAAGCUGUAGGCAGAAUAAAGGCCCCAGAAGGUGAGAAUCAACCAAGUACUGCUGUUGACUUGUUUGUUUCUACAGAAAAGAUUAUGGUCCUCAAUACAGAUUUGCAGGAGAUAAUGAUGGACCAUGCUUUAAGAACAAUAUCUUAUAUAGCAGAUAUAGGGGACAUAUUAGUUAUAAUGGCAAGACGGAGAAUAUUGUCAAGUCCUGGAGAUGAUUCUUUACGCAAGAAAAAACAAGCCAAAAUUUUGUGUCAUGUUUUUGAAUCAGAUGAGGCUCAACUGAUAGCUCAGUCCAUAGGCCAAGCCUUCCAGGUGGCUUAUAUGGAAUUUUUGAAGGCCAAUGGAAUAGAAGAUCCUGGUCUUAUGAAAGAAAUUGAUUAUCAAGAUGUCCUCAAUCAACAAGAAAUAUAUGGCGAAGAAUUAAAUCUGUUUGCAAAUAAAGAAAAACAUAAAGAGGUGAUAGUACCAAAGGUGAAAGGUGAAAGUUUAGGAGUAGUGAUAGUAGAAUCUGGUUGGGGAUCAAUGGUCCCUACAGUGGUGGUAGCUAACAUGGCCCCUACUGGUCCAGCGGCUAGAUGUGGCAUGAUGAAUAUUGGAGAUCAAAUUAUUUCUGUCAAUGGUGUCAGCUUGGUCGGCUUACCAUUGUCAUCCUGUCAAAAUUACAUAAAGAGUUCCAAACAACAAACUGUUGUGAAGUUAUCUGUUGUACCGUGUCCACCUGUUGUAGAAGUGUUAGUGAAGCGGCCUGAUGUCAAAUAUCAGCUGGGAUUUAGUGUACAGAAUGGGGUGAUAUGUAGUUUAUUACGUGGAGGAAUAGCUGAGCGAGGCGGUGUAAGAGUAGGACACAGAAUUAUAGAAAUAAAUAACCAAAGUGUAGUAGCAGUACCUCAUGAAAAAAUUGUCGCAUUAUUAGCUAAUUCUGUAGGAGAGAUUCACAUGAAGACAAUGCCUACAUCUAUAUUUAGACUGUUGACUGGACAAGAAACCCCACAUUAUAUGUAGUUCAUAUUAUGUCAUUUAAACAACCAUUUUUUAUUUCAUUUAAGUUCAUAUUUUGUCAUUAAAAACCAACCAUUUUUAAAAUAUUUCAUUCACUUUGUUGUCACAAAAUAUCAUGAAGUUGAUAGAUGGUAGAUCCUUUAAUUUCCACUGGAUUUGCUAUAAAUUAAAGCUUCUUUUGAGUAGGCACAUUAAUAUCAGAUGAAAUUCAAGUUAUAUUUCAGUUUAUAUCAUAUGGUAUGAUUUUAAAGAAUGUGACAUGUGAGAUUAUGUAAGAUUAUCUAGUUUACUGGAUAUAUAUAUUAAAAUAGCUGUGAAUUGCAGUUUUGAUAUUUUUAGCAAAUGAGUGCAGCAAACUAGCUACAAAAGCUUCCUAUUGUUUUGAGCUGAUAAUAUUUCAAAGUUCAAUUAAAGGAAAAUCUGGUUAUUCAAUGAUUAAGUUGAUUUGGUGUGAUUUUCAUCGUCAAUACAAAAGAGUUUUUUGGUUUUUUUUUAUAUUCCAAUCUUAGAAUUGCAUAUAUACAAGUUACUCAAAUUACAGAAUAUUCAUGUUUACCAGCAAAAAAUUUAUAUUUCUUUCUUGAUGCUAAAACAGAUACAUUUAACGUAUGUUAUACCUUUAAAAUUUAUCCCUCAACCUAUCAAAACUUCAUGAUAUUUUUUGUGACAUUUCUAUGAUCUGAACAGUUGAUAUGAUGUGUUCUGUUGAAUAUUUGAUGAGGUUUGAGAGUGAAUAGUUUCUAGUUUAUCUGAAUUUAGAAAUUUAUAAACCAAGCCAACUCAGAUUUCCCCCCUCAAAAUGAUCUGGUCACAAGUCAUCCUAGAUCACCACCAACAUUAAGUUUGUCAGUAAAUAUUAUGAUUGUGCUAUGGUAUGUUCCCUGAUAUAGAUAAUAAAAAAGCAGGUUAAACGUUAUCUACAAAUCUUAUAAUUAUGGGAAUUCAUGAAGAAUUUUUUGGAAGCUUUAAAAGUUUAAUCAUAGAAUAUUGAUUGUUUAUAUAUAUGAACUCAAGCAAUCCGUGAAAUUGAAACUUCCUGAAACAUAAGUCAUGAUGGCACACCAAUUUAUUCUAAACAAAGACUGCAGUAUUUUUUGACAGCAUUGAAAUACCUCCACUCUGACAAGGCUUUAAUGAUGUGUUUUCAGUUACUUCUUUGCUUUCAUGCUGGCCACAACUGUCAUGGAAGCAAGACUUAGGGGUACAAUUGUUUAAAGUUUGUAAUUAAGUUGCACAGGCAAGACAUGUCUGUGUUUGAAACAAUUAACAUUCAUACCUAUAUUAUCUUUGAUCAUCAGUCAUUUUCCAGCAUUGAUAAGAAAUAACUAUGGUUGUGUUGUGUCAAAUUGUUUGUUUUCUGUAUAUGAUACAAAAUAAUGCUGCUUUUAAUUCAUAUAAAUCUACAAAUGUAUUCAAAGUUAUAUGAUACAAAUGUUUUAAUGCCAAAUAUUGUUUUGAUUUAUGUAUUUUUAAAGUGCUUUUGUAAAGUUUUCUAUUUGUAUUUUAUUUUAAAUAGUAAAAUAUUUCAUUGUCAUAAGUUAAUUUGUAAUGUAUUUGAUCAUGUGAUCACUAAGAUUUCACAAUGUUUACAUUAUUUCACUGUAAGCUUGAAAUAAUAACAUAUACUGUGAGUAUUGCAAUGCAAUAUGUGCAGCACAUGGACAUAAGUAUUCAUCAAUUUUAUUUACUUUAUAUUUCUGUACGAUAAAAUAUGUUUUUUUCAAAAAAUUAUUUUUGGGUGAUUUCUGAAUUUUCACACAAUCUUCUUUAUUUUUUCUGAUGAUAAUAACUCAAUUUUGUUUUGUCUGAAAAUUUGCUAAAUAUAUUUAACUGUAAAUGAUAUUAAGUGUAAUCUCAUAAGUAAUGAAAGAAAACACCUGAAGACAAAACAAACCAUAGAAUUCUACAUCUUUUAACACCUGUUUUGUUACAUGCCAUCCAUGAAUGCCUAUAAAAAUAUGUGUUUAAAUGAAAUCUAUUGCAAAAAAAAAUGUAGAUGAUAAUACUUAUAUUCAUGCACUGUAUAUAAAUGUUAAAACAGUCAAAUUUAAAUAAGGUGCACAAUUCUCUCAUUACCACAGGUAAAAAAAUGGUACAGGUACCCAAAAGUAAUUUCUUUUGAACAUGUGGAUCAGACAUGUAUAAAAAAAAAAUUAAUGAAAAAGUAUUUAUCCCCAGAAAAAUAGAUUAUUACUAAGUCGUUUAUAAAAAAAUACAGACAAAAACUGUUUACUUACUAUUAGAGAGCAACACAUAAGGAAUAUAAGACCCUUUUUGGAUGAAAAUUUGAGAGACUUGUGUAGAUUUAUUCAUAUGAUGUUAAACAUAGCUGUGAACAAACAAAAACUUUUUCAACUUUUAAAUACUAAUCAAUGGGUUUCUGACCUGAGUAUAAUGUAAGAUAUAUGUGGUAGGUAACUGCUGUAAAGCAGACUGUGAUGUACAACAUAUGUAUUAGUGUUGUCAUCUUAACCAUGUAUUUUAUAUGUACUUAAAGGGACAGUUAAUGGCAAAUACCAUAACAUUGUAGAUUUUGAUAAAAAGCUUAUUUCAAUUAAUGAUAAAAUUGAAAACUGUUAAUUCAGAAGUUUUUGUGAUUUUUUUUAUCACAAGAAUUGCAACAAAAUAGGUGUUGACAAAAUAAACCUGGCAUUUUAUGCUUAUAUGGCAUUUUUUGUAUGGAGCUUUCCUAAAAUUUCAAAACACAAACUUUCACAUGGGUCGAUUGUUCACAAUCUCAAUUACAAAUGCAAGCAAUAACUUAUGAAAUUACUGUACUUUUAGUGCUUCUAUAUAUUCAUGUUUUUAUUCUCAGCAGUUUACUUUUAUAAAAGUGCUAACAGUAAAGAAUUUGGUAAGGGAGGUAAUUAUUAAAAUAUAUAUGAAUCAGAAAACAGAAUAAUUGCUGCUGAACAGCUGUCUACUGCCUGAGAUAAUGUUGUGUCUAAUUAAAAUAAUAUCUGUGAUAAAACAUAUUUGUGCAAUGUGAUUGAUAUUAUUUGGAUUGUUAAAAGUUAAGCCAUAAAAAAGUAAAGUAUGUAAUUAGUGCUAGCUGCAAACACUAAAAAUCUAUAAAUCUAUAAAUCUUUCCUCUUUGAAAUUUUAAUGGUAAGUAAAUUUUAUAUAGCUUCAUUUGAAUAAUAUGAAUUAAUAGAGAUCUGGGAUACAUGUCAACGAUUAAACAACCAUAAAACAAAUCGGCCAAUUAAAACAGUUGAUGGUAUUCAUUCGGUAACAGACAUCCUCACCGUCUGACAACCCUUUAAUCUCGCUAUCCUGUCUCUUGACAAGAUGUCGUGUGAAUAAAUAAUCAAAUGACCAUACAACAUAAACAUAUAGUAUUUCUUAGCAUUAUUAAGUAUAUAAAAUAAAAGUAGGAUUUGAGAGUAAAGUGAUCUUCCUCAGACAUAUUGAUAUACAAAACUCUCUGAACUGUCCAAAAAAAUAAGUGAUUUACAAAGAAAUUAACCGACAAGGUUAAAUUGAAGAUAGUUUUAUUAAGUGUAUAGUGUUAAUUUGAUAUCAAACCAAAAUAUAAUAUCGUUUUAAGAUAGAUUAUGUUGGGAAAUAAUACUGUUCAUCUACUUCAACAAAUUUUUCAACCUCUAGAAUUCUGCAUUAUAAUCUAUUGCAUAUGCAAUUAAUGUAAAAACACUUAAUUAACCAGCUAUAAACUAAAAACAAAUAUUUUAUUUUAUUUUCAACAAAUAUAAGAUGUUAGCUAUUAUUUUAUAUUAUGUGUAACUUUUAUGUUUAAUAGCAAUAUACUUGUAUUUUUCUGUUUAAUUUAAUGUGAUUAUCUCCCUUUGUCUGUUUAUAUCUCUCUGAAUCACAAAAAUGUUUUCCAUCAUGUAUAUGUUAUAUUGUGAUAUAAAUUAAUAUAUUCUAGUCUUAUGAAUGUGAUGUAUGAAUGGUCAUAAAAAAUUAAAACUUGAGCAGAAAAUCUGAUCACCGCAUUGUUACACUUCAUUUAUUAUUGAUCAUUCAAAGCUCCAGUAUAUUUUAAAAAAAAUAUGCUACUUUAUGUAUCUAUUGCCAAUAGUAGGUUAAUAAGGUAUCAUAUUCAGAUACCUUUGUUUUGUUUAGAUUUGCUUUGUGAUUAUUUUGAUGGUUAAGAAUUGCAUUGUGAUCCUGUCUUCAAAAAACCUCUUCAUCUCGUAGCCUAAUUCAUGACCAGUUUAGUGAUGGGAGAUAAAUAAAACCAUUUCUAUUCUUUAACAUUGUAAUUAAAUGUUUGGUAUGUUAUCAGCUUAUAAGUAAUGCAUUUUUUAAAUUUUCUGUUAAUAUGAAAAUUAUAUUAAAAUAGACAUAGAAUACAUUUUUGUCAUAUUAAAAACAAAAAGAAUGAAUGAUACAAGUGCAUAGAUUAGGAAUGAUAAAGCAAGCACAUUGUUUAAGCUUGAUGAACAGAAAUUCAAAUGAUCUUUUCGUGACUUCUACAAACAAUAUAAAUAUGGCAUUGAAAAUUGAUACAAUACAUAAGUUUUUUUAGUAUGAAAAGAAUGAGAAUGAUAAAAGAAGGAAAUAAUUAAGUUUCUUGUGGAAAGGAAGUUAUUGUUGGCUUAUACAUAUACCUUAUGAUCAAAAUAUAAAAUAGCAAGAGAUUUUUUAAUACUACAAUGUUCCAGUAUGUUAUAGUGAUAGUAACAUAAAGAUACAUUUCUGACAUAUGUGUAACAUUCCAGGGAUGCUUUAAGUGUGUUUGUGUGGUGAAUGCUUGGAUUGUGCUAUUAUUUAACAUGUUUUAUCUUUUGAAAUAAAGUCGAUUGUCAAAUUGCAA